ACCAUGACCGGCAAAACACAGACCAGUAAUGUCACCAAUAAGAAUGAUCCCAAAUCCAUCAACUCGAGAGUCUUCAUUGGUAAUCUUAAUACGGCCAUUGUCAAAAAAGGAGACAUAGAAGCAAUCUUUGCAAAGUAUGGAAGAAUAGUUGGCUGUUCAGUGCACAAAGGUUAUGCAUUUGUACAAUACAUGAGUGAGAGGCACGCAAGAGCUGCUGUGGCAGGGGAAAAUGCCAGGAUCAUUGCAGGACAACCAUUGGACAUUAACAUGGCAGGGGAGCCAAAACCAUACAGACCUAAGCUGGGAACUAAGCGACCACUUUCUGCUCUCUACAGACUUGAAUCAAAAGAACCGUUCCUUUCUGUUGGUGGUUAUGUCUUUGAUUAUGAUUAUUACAGAGAUGAUUUCUACAGUCGGUUAUUUGAUUACCACAGCCGGGUUCCUGCCCCACCUCGUGCUGUGAUUCCAUUGAAACGCCCACGAGUAACAGUCACAGCAACUCGCAGAGGAAAAGGGGUCUUCUCCAUGAAAGGGACAUCAAGGUCUAUAUCAAGUGGAGCUUCUUCAUCAGGAUCAAAAUUGAAAUCAGAUGAAUUGCAGACAAUCAAGAAGGAAUUAACGCAGAUCAAAACAAAAAUUGAUUCUUUGCUAGGGAGACUGGAGAAGAUUGAAAAGCAGCAGAAAGCUCAAUCAGAAAUCCAAAAGAAGCAAAUAGAAGACAGUAUAGAAUUGAUCCAAGAAGAAUGCAUAUCAGAGAAUGCCGACAACUCUACAGAAGAGCCUAUUGAAGGAGGGCUGGAUGGGGACGGAGAAGAAAUGACAGACGGGAUAGAGGAAGAUUUUGAUGAUGAUGGCAGUAAUGAGCUGUUUCUACAGAUCAAAUGAAUUGGGACCCUUACACAACCUUUUUGGAAGCUGAGAAGAUAAUUCAUAGACUUCCCUGUGUGAAAAUGUAAACUACAGUUUCUUGUCAGCUCAUAACAUCUUUGACUCAAUUUGUAUGAAGAACUGAAUUUACUUUUGGAAAUGGAGAACGCCAUUCAAAAUUUUAAAACAUAUGUUUAAAAAUAUGCGAUUGUCAAAUUUUUAUGGUUUAGACUGUAAAUGUGUUUCUCCUGGCUAAUCAUUGGUAUUUUUUUUAAUUUUGAUGUCAGAUAGCCAAUGACUUGUAUAAUAUGAAGGACAUAUUUAAAGCAAAAGAAAUACUGUAUACAAAUGUAUAUUUGUAAAAGCUAUUUUUAUGAUUAGCAUGUUUUAUGUUCAUAUUUACAGUCAAGUGAUAUUGCACUUAAAUGUUUACAGCAUAAUGAUGAGAUCAUCAAAAACUUAUGAGCCAAUAUAUAUUUUAAUUAUUUUUUAUUCCUGCUUUAAGGCAAAUACAUGCAUUAGUGGCUUAUAGAAAAGAACAAAUCAAUAUUUGUCUUUGAAGAUUUUCAGUGUAUCAUUACACUAAAAUGGAUAUAAUUUGGAUAUAUUUUACAGUUUCCUGUGAUAUCUAUAGAAAACUGUUAUUAAUGUCAACAUCCCCCCCCAAUCUCUAUGUUGCUACUCUUAGCUUCUGAUAAGCACAUUAUGGAUAAACUAGAUCAGUAUGGUUCAAAAAAUUUUAUGAGUGUUGCCAUGUUGUAAAGUUGACAUGUUUGAUGCCCAUCUGCUUUCUAUUCCAUUGAAUUAUCUUUUUUUGUUUUUAUAUAUACAGUAUAUAUAAUGUAUGCUCUUCAUUCGGGUGACUGGAGACUCUAGUUUUAACCUAUUUUAGCCAGACAGGUAGAUAGAUGCAUUGGUUUCUCUGGAGUUGAAUUACAAAAUGAGGGGAGUGCAUCAUACAGUAUAGACCAUAUCACACACUAUACAGCAUACAUAUAUACUGUAUGUGGUAACUUACCAUAGAAACAUCAUCUCUCUCUUCUCAGUAAAAUACAAAAAGUGUUAAUUAAUGCUGUGGUCCUGUUUUUUCAGUCUUGUUUAGAGAACAAGGCUUGAAAUUGGAUUAUUUCUAUGAUCAUAAUUCAUAUUAAGGGUAGGAUAAGGGUAGUUUGUCAACUAAUAGGUCACCUUUAGCAAAUGCAAGCACUUUUCUGAGGGCACAAAGGAAUCAUCACACCUUCAAUCAUGUCUACAUUGAUAAUUAAAUAGAAGAUGCAUUUGGUUAUGGUAAGUGUUCACUGCGUUGGGAUCUUUCUCCCAAACCUCUUCAAAGGCUGCAGUGUAUUGCUUAGUAUUUUCACAUAUAUUUCUUCAGUCUUCAUUUUUGAAAAUGCAGAUUCUGUGAAUUCAUUGCUGCAUCAUUUUACAGAUACAAUUCAUGAAUUAUCCAGAUCUAGAUAUAAAUUGUACAGUGCCUCAGUUGGGCAUUAUAGAUUUCACAAUACUUGAAUGUGACCCUUACAAUAUCCAUACAUAAGGAGCCAGGCUCUAA